AUGAGUGAGAGUAGUGGUUCGAGGUGUUUGCUAAGAGCAGAUUUGGUCUCGCCCAAAGAGUACUAUACCAUGGGAUAUGCAUGGGUGCACGUCGCAAAGGCGAAAGGAAGGAUAGAUGAGCUAGGGCCUCGGCGUAAGGGGGGGAAAGGGGGGAGAGAUGCAAAGUUGCCCAAACGUGUCAAAGGGGAAAUCCAUCAAAAUUUUGAUCGCAACUUUGAAAAAGUGAUCGACGAUCGACGAGGAGAAAAAGGUACCAUGUUCGUAGAUCACCUUAGCACUGUUCCAGAACUUGACAACGCCUUCAAACAGGGCGUAAACUUUCCCAACAAUACGAAGAAACUUUACGACCUUGUUGAUCCACUGCAGUAUGUAGCUAUCAACUAUAAUCCUAUAAUCUCCGUCUUUUAUGCCAAGGAAUGGGAUUCAACAUCGACCAGUCGCCGAUGGAUCAUCUUUGGAUCGACCCGUCUUAUUCCGACUUUGCUCCAUUUUCAUCUUCUCGUCCCGACUCGUCUCGCAAGAUCUUCCAGAUCUUCUGGAUCUACCGACACUAUCUUUCAUUCCCCACUCGCUACGUUGGGUCCAACUAUCAUGCGAACCAUCGUUCGUCCAGGUACGGUACGAUCUUCGUAUGAACCUUCAUCUCUUCCCUAUCCCCGUCAAAGUUGA